GCUCAGUGUGUUACGUUUGUCCUAUGUGCUGUGCGGUGCUGUGAGAGCGAGCAGGGCGGACGGUGUAUCCGGAGUUUAUUAAUUGAGUGUGAGACGCUGAGAAAAGUGAUAAACCAUGGGAGGCCUUCACUUCGGAGACCUAGCUAAAGUGCGGCACAUCAUCACCUACAGUCUGUCUCCUUUCGAACAGAAAGCUUUCCCACACUUUUUUUCCAAAGGCAUUCCGAACGUGUGGCGGAGAUUCUCAGCACAGGUGUUAAAAGUGGCCCCACCUUUUUUGCUCAUGUAUAUAACAUAUUCCUGGGGAACCCAAGAACAUGCAAACAACAAGAAGAAGAUCCCAUCCUUGUUUGAAAAUGACAAGUAAAGUUGCCUCUUUGGAGAUCUGUGGCAUUUUUUUUCUGUGACUCUGUUCCUCUUACAGAUGGCAGAAAGAAUUAUUUAUUUGUCUUUCGCACCAUUUGUGAGCCAUAAAUAAAAUUGUUUCAAAUUGA